AAUAACACUGAGAGGGUUUUUGUUGUCUACACUGGAAAGCAUCGUAGCAUUUUACAAGUGCCGUUUUUACAUUAAGCUGAGGCAUUUCCUUUGAAUAAUCACACGACUGAUUCGAAAAAGUAAGCAGUGAUUUUUUUUUUUUCGCGGAGAUGCUUGAAGCUAAUCGUGGAAUCAUCCGCUGAUACUGUUGACAAGUUGAACGAGUGUGCUGCUGCUGCUGCUAUCCCUACAACUCACUCACAGAGAGCAGACAGCUGCUGUAUCGAGCAGAGGUUCUUGGGAGGAGAGCUCCAGUUCCAGUCAGUCCUCUCUAACAGCCUUAACCCUCACGUCCACACGCUUCCCGACUGACUGCUCAGCUGACAUCAAAGCCAGCUCUUGCUCUUGCUCUCUCUCUUUGCCUCCCGCUGGGCACAUCUCCUCCCGUCUGUCCUUAUAGGGGGAUGCCUGUCCUCUAACUGCCUCUCUCUCCACUAACUGCUAGCAUAUAAUUUUGAGUGCUGCCAUGGAAGAAUAUGACGUGCCAUCAGCCGCCAGUAUCCUGGCAUCAGUCAAAGAGCAGGAGGCGCGCUUCGAGCGUCUGACCAGGGCCCUUGAAGAGGAGCGCCGCAAUGUCUCCUUACAGCUGGAACGCGGCAGUCUGCCCUCUGAUCGACUGGUGGGCGGCACCACAGGCGGGAGCAACCAACCGCUGGCCUGGCAACAGAUGGUCAUGCAGGAGCAGAGCCCCAGUAACCAGACAUCACUGGCCAUGAUGCAGGAGCCCCAGGAGGUUGUGGAGGAGACUGUAACCAUAGAGGAAGACCCCGGCACACCCACCUCUCAUGUUUCUGUGGUUACCUCAGAUGAUGGGACUACACGCCGCACAGAGACUAAGGACAAUGUGACUAAUAUGAAGGUGAUCAAGGUGGUUAAAACCAUCACACGCCGAACCUUCCAACCAGUGAUCCUGAUAGAGUCCAAACCAUCUACUCCCGUACCUCCAUCUACACCAACACCAUCUGAAACAAAACCAGUCACUAAGAUGGUCAAGACAGUGACAACACGGACAGUUCGACAGGUGCCGCUGGGUCCCGAUGGCCUUCCUCUUCCAGAGGGCUCGUCUCCACUUGGAAGCUACACUGACUCUAUUGAUCGGCGCUACAUGAAAAACGGCGAGCGCUUCAUCACACCCCAGGCCACUUCCACCCUCACACGCUCGUACAACAAUUACAGCGACUCCUACAAUGACACUCCUGACAGUCAGUUUCGCCAUUACGCCCUUCACGAUGGAUAUGGAGACGUGGCCGACAACUAUGGAAGUCUGUCUCGCGGAGUCAGUUACAGGCCCUAUCGGCCCUACAUGCCCACCGGUGGAUACCGGCCGGAGAACAGCUACACUCUCCCUAUCCGCAAGGACGACUAUGGCCAUGUGGCCCAGCCUCAAGUCCCAAUGGGAAGUAGCACUGUGGAUCUCAAUCGUUCUCAGCCUGAGCGCUUUCAACCCGAACCCUACGGCCUAGAAGACGACCGCCGCAGUCUAGGCCCAGAGGACGAAGAGCCGUAUGACCUAGAGCCUGAUUAUUCCACGGCUAACCGCCGCACACUGCCCGGACGUUCCAUUCGAGAGCCAUUGCGCAACGGCCCCCGCGUAAGAGGCUACGAGGACCCCAUUGAGGCUGAAUUAAUUGAUGAAAGACACCCCUACAUCCAUGGCAUGUACCCAGCACCUCUUGCCCAACCCGAGAGGGGCAGCUUGGCCAGUCUAGAUCGCAUGGGUGGCCGUCGCUCCCCCUCGAUUGACAGCAUCCGCAAAGACCCGCGGUGGAGGGACCCCGACCUGCCUGAGGUCAUCGCCAUGCUAGGCCACCCCAUCGAUCCGGUCAAAUCCAAUGCAGCUGCCUACCUACAGCAUCUCUGCUAUGAAAAUGACAAGAUAAAGAAGGAUGUCAGGCAGCUGAAGGGGAUCCCAGUGCUGGUGGGCUUGCUGGACCACCCUAAAGCUGAAGUCCAUCGCAAGGCCUGCGGAGCUUUGAGAAACAUCUCCUACGGCAAGGACCACGAUAACAAAGUGGCCAUCAAGAGCUGUGAUGGGAUUCCUGCUCUCAUCCGUCUGCUGAGGAAAACCAAUGACAUGGAAGUUCGGGAACUUAUCACAGGAACACUUUGGAACUUGUCGUCCUAUGAGCCACUGAAGAUGGUGAUAAUUAACCACGGGCUUCAAACGAUGACUAAUGAGGUCAUUAUCCCUCAUUCGGGCUGGGAACUGGAGCCGAAUGAGGACUCAAAGCCACGAGAUGCAGAGUGGACCACCGUCUUCAAGAACACAUCAGGAUGUCUAAGGAAUGUGAGCUCAGACGGUGCAGAGGCACGCAGACGGUUGAGAGAGUGUGGGGGGCUGGUAGAUGCCUUGCUGCAUGCACUGCAGUCGGCUGUGGGAAAGAAGGACAUGGACAACAAAUCUGUGGAGAAUUGUGUUUGCAUCAUGAGGAACCUGUCUUACCACGUGCACAAGGAGGUUCCAGGGGCUGAGAAGUUCCAGGAUCCCUCAGCUCUUCAGGGCCCCGGCUCUGCUGGCACUCAGAGGAAGAAGAAAGAUGAUGCAGGCUGCUUCGGAGGAAAGAAGGCCAAAGAGGAAUGGUUUAAUCAAGGGAGGAAAAACGGAGAGCAUGACAAAAACUAUGACACAUUGGACCUACCCAAGCGCACAGAACCCACUAAAGGUUUUGAGUUACUGUAUCAGCCGGAGGUGGUCCGACUCUACCUGUCCCUGCUUACAGAAAGCCAGAACUAUAACACGCUAGAAGCAGCAGCCGGGGCUCUGCAGAACCUCAGCGCUGGACAGUGGACAUGGUCGAACUAUAUCCGGGCGACAGUGCGUAAGGAGAAAGGGCUGCCAAUCCUCGUCGAGCUCUUGCGCUCGGACUCGGACAAGGUGGUGCGAGCUGUGGCCAUCGCUCUGAGGAACCUGUCCAUCGACCACCGCAACAAAGACCUGAUAGGGAGUUACGCAAUGAGGGACUUGGUCAGCAACUUGCCCAGCGGACAGCAGAGGCCAGCCAAGAACCUGGAUGAGGACACAGUGGUGGCCAUCCUCAACACCAUCCAUGAAAUCAUCACCGACAGCUCUGAGAACGCCCGCUCUCUCAUUACUGCUCAAGCAAUCGACAAACUAGUUGCCAUCAACAAGACCAGCCAGUCAGCAAGGGAGACCAAAGCUGCUUUCCAUGUACUACAGACGGUUUGGAGCUAUAAGGAGCUGAGAAACACCCUGACCAAGGAUGGCUGGAAUAAAACACACUUCCAGCCGAUAGCCACUGGAACUCCCAAAGGAUCCAAGAGUUGCAAGCCUGGCUACGACGAUACUACUCUCCCCUUGAUGGAGAAGAACCAAGGCAACAGAGGGUGUAGCGCUGGGGAUAUGAUACCUAUGGACGAACUCAGUCCAGAUGGCUAUUCGACGAUUGACCAGAGAGACAAAGACUCCAAGUACAAGAGCAGCGACGGUUCAUCAGAUCUGCAGGAGCGGGAGCCGUUAAAGAAUGACACAAAUAGGAAACACUAUAUCAGGAGCAACAGGCCAACUGUCAGUCUGGUGGAUGCUUGUGAUGUUAAACCUCAGCCUGUUGACUCCUGGGUCUAAAUGCAUGCAUGGCUUAGCUAGCAACAGUGCCACAUCUUACCAUACAAGGAUUUCACAAGUCACCACUGCCAUUAACCGCAAAGCUCACCGGGAUGUGGACUCAUCUGAAGACUUUUGCCUAAAAGAGCGAGAGAAAAAUGCAAACUUUCAUUCAACAGCCAAUAUUUUGAGAUUUCUCAAGUGAAAGGGAAAAAGAAAAAAAAAUGCCACUUCUCAUAUGUACAUUCCCACUGGAUGUAGUGUACCCAGAACUGAGGAUUUGUUGUCAUGGAGCCGGAAUGAUGUACAGGAAGUGCUGUCAUGGACGUGGACGUGUAUUGGAAAGAAUUGGAUUGAGGGGUAAAAGGAAAUAAGAAAAAAACAAUUUUUAUGUCAAAACAAAAAAAUAUAUAAUUUUUGCCUAUAUUAUUUUUGUUGUAUGUUUCUGCCUGAUUACUGUUUGUUUUGUGGAUUUGUUUUCCCCAGAAGUGCAGUGAAUUGUGAUUUUUUUUUUCUUUUCAUUUUGUAGCAUUUGAAUGAAAGUUUGGGUUUUCUAAAGGAGUUGAGGACACUCGUGAAAGGAAGAAAAAUAUUUUUUUUUUGUUGUUGUUGUUGUUCAUUUCAAUGGUGUGGGGGCACAUACAAAGCUUGGGUGUGGGGGGUCUAUAAUGAACUGCACGCUUUUACAAUUUCUGUGUGCUGGCUUUAUAAAGCAACUUUAAAGACAUAUUAUCACUGUGUUUGUUUCUUCUCACUGAGAACUGUUGUUCAAAAGCAGGGAUUUACCCUGCACAAUGACAUCUGCUCAUAGCGGAGCUUAAAGGAGGAGAGCUGCUAUGCUUUCAGCCGGAUUUGGUCUGCUGAUCCCGUAUUCCCUUUGACAUGUCGAGCUGCAGAGGCAUUCUGGGUAACACUGGCACUUACCAGCUAUUGCUUUGGUUUAUUUAAUAAGGGGUAAUGAGGAAAAAAAAUCGAUUUGUUAAUAUGUAGAUUGUGGUAUGAGGGAUAGUAGGAGGAUUCACUUGCUCCUGUUGUCAUAAAAGUAGAUUUUCAAAGCAUUUUAUAUUUUUGUUGUUUUAUAAAUGUAUAUUAGGUUACAAAUAUUAAAAAAAGAGGG